CACCUUCACGCGCUCUACCUGUCACACACACGCGCGCGCGCACGCACGCAUACACAGAUACGAACGGGACUCAUCUAAGCGCAACAGGACGAUGGACCUGAGCCUGCGAGACGCUCUGGGCGGGUGCGGAGGCGGGGUCCCGGGCGGGGCCCCCGCCGAGGCCCUGCUGAAGAGAGACUUCGUGGCCUCGCUGGAGAAGGAGAGCUACGACGACCAGGUGGGAGAGACGGUCUCCAAGAGCGACUACCGGCCCUUACUGGACGGGAAGGACGGCAAGAGCGGUCCGGGGAUGAUGUCGCCAAUGAUGUCGUCGGGUGGACGCCAAGACCCGGCAGGACAGUCCGCCUUCAGCUCCGACUACCUGUCUGGUCCCGUGAUGGGUGGGAGGACCGAUCAAUGGAGCCUGAACAAGACGAAGGACAUCAGCGUGCCCGACUCAUUUCUAGGCUUCUCCCAGUCCGGGAUGGGGGGGACCACGGGGUCCGGCCACCCGCCGUUCCAGACCGCCACUCUGGGCCAGACCGGGACGGGCUCCACCAUGGACGCCCAGAAGAGCUCGGGGGGCCUAUUCGGCGUCGACAACAAAACCACCGGUGGAAGCAGCAGUCCGUUUAAGACCGGCGAUCUGUUCUCGUCUGGCGGCCCGGGAUUCCCCUCCAUGGAUCACUCUACAGCUCCCGUCCUCUCUCCCAGCGGCUCAAUGGACGACAGCAGUCCCACCUCCUCCGCCUCCGAACCCCUCAGCCCGGAGAGGGCGGGGCCGGGGGGCGAGAGUGGCAAGGAACAACAGAGGCGGCGGAAGAAGAAGAGGAAGGGCCACGGCCACAUCUACGACUUCUUGGCCAGCCAGGAGAAGAACAACAUCGGCCAACCGGACACGCACGGGAUGCAGGAUAAGGGCGGACCGGAGGCGGAGGAAGACGAGGAGGAGAACUGGGAGUGGGAUAUCAGAGAAAGUGGAGGAGGGGGUAGAGUGAAAGGCAGGAAGACUAAGACUAGGGCAAGACUCCCAGAGGAGUGGGGUAUACCCCAGAAGCCCAGCUCCCAUGGGCCGGCUACUGUCGCUCCCAAUUGGGCCACAACGGGCAACUCCAGUCCUUUUGACUCCAAACCUCCAGAUGUCAACCCCGGCCCUGUUUUGCCCUCUACCCCUGCGCAAAUACCCACCAGUUUCACCAACUGCUCCCAUGCUAGCCUCGUAACAGAUGCAUCUCCACGCUCUUACGAGCCGAUGUGUGUCGACGAAUUCCCCUUGUCUGAGAAAGAUGGUCCAAGAGCAAAUCAAGAGAAGGUUUUGGGGAGCAAACCUGACCACACCAGCACAACAGCUAGUGUUGCCAUCAAGGGGAGUCCAGCUGGGGAUCUUCGUGGUAGUCUAGCGUUGAUGACCGGGGACAAUCUAAGCCCUGUCUCCCAGACCUUCUCCUUCCUGGAUUCAGUCCUCCAGACCCCUCCAGGCUCCACUCCUGACUCGCAGACCACCACACCUAUCACUUACACCCCUUCCCUUGCUACAGCUCCCCUGACUAAGUCCACCCCAACAGAAAUAGGCAUCCCCGCUUCACAAGCCACUAAUGGUUUGAACCCCUUCAAGAUCACUCCAGACCUCCUUCCUGCUGCCGUUUUCUCCACCGACGCCCUUCUGUUAGUAGGGCCACGCCCCCCAGCCACCGCGGUGGGGUCAGCCCUCAACGUUGAUGCCAAGCCGUUUGUCCCCUCGGCGACACUCUUGUCCGACACAGCCACACCCAGUUUGACUGCAGCUAUGGCCGCUACCACUUCAGCCACGCCCCUUAUACCCUCAGCUUCUCACUGUAAGAAUGAAGCCACUCCCACAUUAUCUCCAGACACUCCCCCCAAAAGUGUAGCCACGCCCUUAAGCUCAGCGAAAGCCACUUCCCCACCCCACAUCACCCCCGCAGCCCCUCCUUCUCUCCCUGCACACUCAGAGCACCAGGAGUCCUCGCCGCCACAGCUCUCACCACUGGAAGUGAAAUCGGACAACAAGGACAAGCAAGAGAAGGCGGACAUCAUGUCCGGCAAGACGGACAAGCUGGACAACUUUGACAAGAAGGAGAAGGACGAGCAGCAGCAGAAGGACUCCGGGCCGGACAAGAACCAGAAGUCGGAGAAGAGCCUCAAAGACGAGGCGGAGAAGAUGAACGCGGCCAACGAGAAGGCCGAGAAGGUGGACAAGCCGGAGAAGACCAACAAAGAUGGCAAGAAGGAGGAGGAGAAGAAGGAGGAGAAGAAGGAGGUCAAAGGGACGGCCAAGUCUCCGGCGGGCAACGGCGGCAAGACCCUGCCGAGCCCCGACGGCAAGAGCAAGCCUGACGCGGCUUCAACUGAACCAAACUCUUCCAAAUCCCGCCCGUCCACCCUCUCCACCAAUGGCGAUGCCAACUCGGCCAAACGCCCCUCCCCCACCACGGCCAAUAAAAAAAGCCCUGUAUCCAAGGCGACCACGCCCACUGCCGCCAAGCGACCACCGACUGCAACCAGGGCCGCCAAGACUCCGGAAACUGAGAAGCGCCCACUGGUGCUGAAGGCGGCGGCGGUGCCGGCGGCGCCCCGCGCGGCCGCCGCCAAGAACGCCUCCUCCGCCUCCUCUGCGGCGCCGGCUGCAAGUAAAACCGCCGCGAAUAAGACUGACAGCAAGUUGGGAGAGGCCAAGAAACCCAAGACUCCUACAGCCCGCCCCCGCCAGCCCUCCAUCACCACCCCCACCGCCUCCAUUAACGGCGAGGCCUCCCACCGCCGCCGCGUCCUCACCAAGCCCCCCGUGCCCAAGCAGACCCCCAUGGAGAAGAAGCCGCCGGUGCCCCGCGCCCCGCGGACCCCCCGGCCCAUCAACACGCCCACGCCCGACCUCAAGAACGUGCGCUCCAAGAUCGGCUCCACCGACAACAUCAAGUACCAGCCCGGCGGAGGGAAGGUCUCCCCGAACAACAAGGCAUCGGACCCCUCCACCCCCGCCAAGGCCAGAGUUCAGAUAGUGCACAAAAAGCUGGACUUCAGCCAUAUCACGUCUCGCUGUGGCUCCAAGGACAAUAUCAAACAUGUCCCUGGAGGUGGCAAAGUGCAGAUCCUUCACAGGAAGGUUGACUUGAGCAAGGUGACGUCCAAAUGCGGCUCAAAGGACAACAUCAAACACAAGCCAGGUGGAGGUGAUGUGAAGAUUGAGUCCCAUAAGCAAAACAUUAAAGCCAGGUCUAAGAUUGGGUCCAUGGACAACGUGGGGCCGGGCAACGAGCAGAGCAACGGGCACAAGGAGGAGAAAACGGAGCAGAAGACAUCCACCCCCCCGAGCGUCGCUCCGGCAACAGGACCGGCGGCGGGCGUUGCCACGGCAACGGCACCGGGAGGCGUUGCCAAGGAGAAUGGGGUGAAGGAGGCCACACCCACCCCUUGUGGGGGAGAUGGACUGAGGGAGCAGAGCAUAGACAAACGCAUCACUGAGACAAAUUGAGUCCCAGUGACCAGUAGAUUUUGGCGGGACACGCAUGGCGCUCGCCGACCUGCCAAUCGACCGACCGACCAACCAACCCACCACGGCGCCAUCACUUCCCUUUGGCCCCGCCCCUUCAUCUCGCCCACCGCAGCACCAAACUGACCGAUCGCCUCUCUUGUGUUUUCUCUGGGGGGUGGGGGGUGGUUCCGCCUGCCGGCUUCCUGCUACCAACCCCUGACCUUUGACCUCUCAACGGUUGACCUUUUUUUGACCCGCCUACCACAGAGAAGAGCACUUCCUGUUUGUCUGUGUUUCUGUGUGUGGGUUUCCGCCAGCUUCUCGGCUGAUAAAAUUCCCUUUGCAAGCACUGAUUCUGAGACUUAAACCCUAAGAUUCACACAAUAAACCCACUUCUGUAGUCAAUGCUCAUAGAAGUGUAGUGAAUAUAGUCGUAGAAUAUGUCCACCUACGAGUCUGACACUGUUUAACACUGGGGCUAAUCGAUGGUUCCUCCUACAGCCAAUUCAAAACCACCUAGAUCUUCACACCUUGUUAGCAAACCAUUUGCCCCCCAUCCAUCCUUCUGUCCACUUAGCCCCAGUACACACUAACCAGCAGAAGACCUGGCAAGUCUUCUUCAAAUCAACACAUUCCAGCCACUAGUUAUUUCCAAGUCUACAGUAUCUACAGCAUUGCACGUUGUCACCUCAUUGGUAAUUAUGCAGCCUGCGCAUCAAACAUCAUCUCCCGAUACAUCUCUUGGUAUCGUCGCACCAGUGUGUCUCACCCAGACGUAGUACAACAACACUUCUUUGUCUUCACCGGAAGCAGCAAUCAGUGCAGAAGACGGGAGCAUAUGUGAAGUAAAGAGCACCUAGUACCUAUAGAGCACCUAGUAUCUCGAGAGAACCGAGUACCUCCAGAGCAUCUGGUACCUCCAGAGCAUCUAGUACCUCCAGAGCAUCUAGUACCUCCAGAGCAUCUAGUACCUCGAGAGCACCUAGUAUCUCCAGAGCAUCUAGUACCUCGAGAGCACCUAGUAUCUCGAGAGAACCUAGUAACUUCAGAGCAUCUGGUACCUCCAGAGCAUCUAGUAUCUCGAGAGAACCUAGUACCUCCAGAGCAUCUAGUACCUCGAGAGCACCUAGUAUCUCGAGAGAACCUAGUACCUCCAGAGCAUCUGGUACCUCCAGAGCAUCUAGUAUCUCGAGAGAACCUAGUACCUCCAGAGCAUCUAGUACCUCCGGAGCAUCUAGUACCUCGAGAGCACCUAGUAUCUCGAGAGAACCUAGUACCUCCAGAGCAUCUAGUACCUCCAGAGCAUCUAGUACCUCCAGAGCACCUAGUAUCUCGAGAGAACCUAGUACCUCCAGAGCAUCUAGUACCUCCAGAGCAUCUAGUACCUCCAGAGCUUCUAGUACCUCCAGAGUAUCUAGUACCUCCAGAGCAUCUAGUACCUCCAGAGUAUCUAGUACCUCCAGAGCAUCUAGUACCUCCAGAGCAUCUAGUACACCGAGAGCAUCUAGUACCUCCAGAGCAUCUAGUACCUCCAGAGCAUCUAGUACCUCCAGAGCAUCUAGUGCCUAGAGACGAUCUGAGACUCUUGGAAACGGAUCCAAAGGUGGAGUUCCAAAUCGGUGCAGAAAGUCGUUGCAGAAAUGGACGUUUGGGAUGUCCUGUUUUAAAGAUUUCUAGAAAAGAUGCAUUCAAUGACAGAAUACAGUACAGACGAUAACAGAAGCUGACGGCUUUUUGCCACAAUUGUGAUUUAGUGCAUGAGAAUCAGCAAGAGAUGGAGCUUCUGUCACCUUGGUUUAAGAAGAAUUGAACACAGGUAUUUGAUCUUGGAGUCGAAUGAGUUGAGAUCGCAGUAUUUAACCUUGAAGGGUCUGAUCUCGAAACAGGAGUGUUCAACCCUUGAGGAUAAAGUGUUAAACUAGUUCAUCUGCGAGCUGCAGCACCUUUUAGUCAACAUGAAAGUGUGUCCUGAAUACCAUCGCGUCACACAGGCCACGCCAGGCCCUGAAAUGGAGCCGUAUGAUUCAUCGGUUACACUGGAAUUGGCAUGAUUGGUAAUUUCACUGAUCUAAGUCUAAGUAAAUAUAUAAAACCGUGUAAAAAUUCCCACAUUUAGUUCAAGUUAGUGAACUUUGACACGCUGAUUUGCUGUUGGGGAGUAAACCACAUGACGGAGAGAAAAACCCAGAGAGCUGUUGUGUUGUGAGGCUAGCAUGUUUUCAGCUCGCUAGCGUCUUAGCGGUUAGCUAGCUGGCGCCCAUUGUUGUCCGACUAGCCCUACAGUCGGUCCCCACGUCACCGGGCUGCUAAAGUCACAUACUUCAGGAAGAUACGACUUCCUGGUGCGACCGGGCCUGUUUUAUUCUGCAACACAAUAUUUUGUAUGGUGAUGGACCUGUCACGCGUUGGUUUAGAUUAGUCACGUGGUCGUAGCAGAAAUCCACAAACCACUGUGGAUGUUACAGAAAAACGGACAGAAAAACCUUUAUUUAGAAAUAAACUCAUACGCAUAUGUCCGACCAUUUGCAUCCCAAACCUCCCAUGUUUCCUUCCGUGCCGCAGUGGACUCUCCUGUGAGCGACCCCAGACACACACACACACACAGACAAGCCACACACAGACAGACACACACACACACAGACAAUGCCCUCUCUCUCUCUCGCUCUCGCAAAUGUAGUACUUCCUGGUCAUGUGGUUCCCCCCUGUGGAGAGGGAAAAGUACAGAACAACCACCUCUUUUGAGUCCUCCCGCUAGCCGGUGGCCCCCCGACCCCCCCACACACACACACACACACAUACCGACACACAAGCACAGAUGUCUCCAGGAAAGCACACACAUGCUUGUUGGUGUGCAUGCCCACGCACAUGGACACACACACACACACACACAUCUAAACAAACAGAAGGUUAGUGGGGUGUGAUGGGAGUUUACUUGUAGGACGGAGUGUCAAUUAAAAGUGAAUAUCGUUACAUUCAUGGCAAGUCUGAAGUUGGCAUUUUCUUUGCAACUUUUUGGUGACAGACUAGUUCACUAGAGUCUAGUAGAUUGAACUCUGGCUCUAAGCAUCCUGAGGCGACGACUGCACGGUAACACAAGGAUCAAGUUUCACGUCUCAAGCGUAUAUAUAUUUUACUUAUUUGUAGUGUGAAUAGAUUUUUUUUAAUUUUGUUGUUGUUGUUGCAUUUUGUAGUUUGAUUUGUAUAGGAUAGGUCAUAAUUAUUAAAUAUGACUUCUGAAUUGUUUUACCCCACUGGACAGGAGGGACUGCCCAGCUCCAAAAUGCCAUGAAUGAAGCAAUAUGUCAUCAAAGCAGAACCCAGAAGGAGCUGUGAAUACUGCAGCAAGGACCGUGACAAUGGUCGCAGUGAUGGAGAACAUCUUCAUCAUUCUCCUCAAUUAAACUUUAAGCCUGUUUGUAUUGUUCGAGGAAAUCCCCUAAAUUCAGUGCAAAAUGCAUUUUAGCGAAAAACAACACUGUGAUGUGACUUUGGUUUCCAGACCAAAAGCGUGGCGUCAUGUCGGCAGGUUAGAAUUAGUCAUUCUGUGCAUGGUGCUCUUUGGAGUGGCGCCGUGUUGGUGGGCUGCUGCCAUCGUGGUCAGAUGUGUGACGUGUUACUCCUGCAUCCAUCCUGUAGAGAGCGCUGCUCGGCCUCUAGAACACUGAUAGUCUGGCUCUGAGAAACCUCCCAUCCCCAUUACAGGAGCUUCAGGCCAGUUGCACGCCAUUGUCAUUGAUGGCCACUUGAUAUAUUAUCGUAUCUGGAAAUCACUAAAUGCCACCAAAAUCCUUUGAAAUAUGCACAGUUCCACCUUCAAACUCAAAAAUAAGUGUUGUGCACUUUAAACACAGUCUCGUUUCAUUUCUUGACGUGAUAUAAAAGUGGCUUUGCUGUGUCUUGGUGAAACAUCAUCAGCGGUGUUCUGUACAUGUCGAGUCUUGGUAGUUAGAUGAAGUCAUGAUAAUCAAAGAGCAAGUGAUCAAGUAGUGAACGAUGAAGACUAGGAAACCACAAGCCCCCUUGAAGCAUAUUUAAAGUGUCCUAGUCACCAUGCCCGUGAGCUGCCUGAACGUAAAUAAACGUGUGUGGAAGCGCUGGCGUGAAUCUGUCCUCCAGGAAUGGAAGAGCAAAAGGGAUGGAAGCCCGCUGAGAGGUGUCGACGGCGGUUUGUGCGUUUCAGAAGACGAAGGAGUUGUCGUCUUAAUGUGUGUUGGACGCUUCAUGUUGGCGUGUGUCGCCGUGUGAUGACACAUGGGCGCCCUUUGUCUUUGGCUGCGUGGAUUCUAGUGGAACGUUGGCCGCGGGGGUCUCACGCUCAACUCUCCUGUCAACGUCCACUGGUUAUUGCUUUCUGACCGAGCUACGCGCACACGUUAUAGUCGGCUGAACUAAAAUACCUUUUGAGAGGACGAGCAUCAAAGCUAGCGCUUCCGGAUCCUUUCUUCAUUCACUAGAUCGCAUUCCUUUGACAGAAACGGUGCUAAAUUCAAAAUGUAGAGCAUUAAAGUUAAUGAAGUCUCAUCCAGCGCCCCUCUGUCUCGCCGCGCUGAACUGCUUCUAGCAACUCACGCUACUAGGACCACGAUGCUAGCAUCACAAGCUUCUAGCAACACGCGCUACUAGCACCACGAUUCUAGCAACGCGCGCUGCUAGGAACACGCACUGCUGGAACCACGAUGCUAGCAUCACGAGCUUCUAGCAACACGCGCUGCUAGGACCACGAUGCUAGCAUCACAAGCUGCUAUUGAUAGUGGAGAAUGAUGCAGAUUAUAUGAAUACACUGCUAUAAAGUUAUUUAAAAUCCAUUUAAGGUUUGCAUAUAGUUUGGAAUAAGGUGGGAUUGAAGUGUUUUGCAGUUUUUCACACUUUCUAUGCAUCUAUCAGCCUCCUAAAUUGUGGAAUUUGGUCCAUUGGGUUACUCCUUUUCUUCGGCGGGAGAAAGCAGACAGGGAACGCGAUAGAACAAAUGUGACAAAGGGCCCUGGGUAUGGCCGCCAUCUUAAACCGCUCGGCCGCCAUAGCGACGCAGAGACGACGGUCUUCAGUUGUUGCGUAAGAGGAUGUAACACAGUUGACUUUGCAGCUUGGACAAAAGGUAAUAACCAGAUUCACUCUGAUGUCUGUUGGGUUCCCCACGUGUCGCCCUAGAACACCACCCUUCCACUAGCAUCUCACACGGCCCCCUGUAUAUAGUCCCCACCAUGUUUUUAUCACUCCGGAAUUAACUCAAAUGAAUUCAAACGAAAAAAAUGAAGAAAAAAAACAAAUGUUACUUCUUAACAGGGUGUUUGUGGACGUUGACAGAUGAGCUUUGAGGUUCAUAAACCUGUUAGCGUCAAGCUUAAUCAUGGUAUUAUUAUAAGAUUGCAAAGCAAAAGAGAGGAAAAGGUUACUUUUAGUUUUUGUUUUAGAGUCUUGCCCCUCCCCCCGCCACCCCCCCCCCCCCCCCGCUAAGAAAAAGGGCUGCUGAAGUCUCAAGAAUGUUUUUAAAAUUGUAUUAAAAGUGCAAGAUGUACGAGUACGUGGAUGAGGUUGUCUCUGUUCUGUUUUUGGAAGAUAGAUCACGCUAGGAAAUUAAAACGCUUAUUUGCCCGGAUCCAAAACUCGACGGGCGGGAAGGGAGGCAGCAGGUGUGUGUCGGGUUUCAGAGAAAAACGACAACGGACGAGGAGCACGAAGGAAAGCCGUGUUCCACCGCAGACCCCCCACCCCCCUCCCCCGCUGGACUAACCAGACUCAGUCUUUUGGCAUGUGGUAGAAUGUAAUGUUGUUUAUUAGACGGCUCCUAUAUAGACACCUCGACGUACCUACCAACACGGGAACUGAAUUAUGGGAUGUCUCGGCCCUCCUUAUCUUCUCGGCGUCGACAAAAAUAUAUAGGAACAUUUCGGAAAAGUUUGGACGAUUGAUUAAACUUUCUUCUUAGGAUGAAUCAACAAGUACAGUAAGUCAGGGCCUGUACUGUACCUUUAAGAGUGUACUGUACCUUUAAGAGAGACGGCGAAUUGCCUGAAAUGCAACCGGGGUUGCAUAAGAAACAGGGCGUGUUGGUAGAUAUGCACGUGGAGCCUCCUCGCUCAGCAUCCCAGCAUCCCUUACGCGUGACCUUUGCCACCAGGCUAGAGCUCUGUAGACGACACGUAUAAUAUUUAUUCUACUUUAUUAAUGAGAUUCAUUUUUGGUCUUUUUUGCGGUCCUACCUGCUGUACUCUGGUCAGCACGUCUUCAGUGGCGUGGAGGAGGAGGAGGAGCCAGUGCAUAUGGGCGCUGUGUUCUUCUCCAGGGCGAGAGCAUGAAGACAGCCGACCCCCUGCUGGUCGUUAGAGGCAUCUGUCUUGUUAGAUAGAGCUCACCCUCCCCUCCCCUCCUUCCAUUCUGAAUAUUUGGUAUGAAAGAGAUGUUUAUUGUGAUUUCAUUGUUAACCAGUGAUGUGAAUAUUAAUCAUGAAAUAAAAAUUAAAAAAGAUGAGCAAAAGAUCA